AGUGUCUUUGCGGUGGCCGGCGCUCGCAGGACGCGGAAGGGAAGGGCGAUGGUUUGCCAGGCGGCGUGUCAGGAGCUCGCUGUGCCGUCGUUACCGUCGCCGCCGCCGCCGCCGCCGCCGCCGCGCGCCGCCUCGGCCAUGCUCGCGGACGGAAUCUCGUCGACGUGGGGGCCGCCGCCCGCGCACCAGACGAAUGAAGGUAGCCUGAGUAAAGAGUCUCGUUGUGACUGGAGUCGUCCAAACAGGGUGUGA